AUGGAAUGGAGAUAUGUGAGCACGAACGAAAACCCUGCUGAUCUUGUAUCGCGUGGGCUGUUGCCCAGCGAAAUCCGAACAUGCACACUUUGGUGGUUCGGUCCAACAUUUCUGACCAAAUACGAAACGAGCUGGCCUGCAAACCCUUCACAAUUAUUGGCAGAUCAACUCCCAGAAACAAAAAAUUCUGCAGUCAUCGAGUCGGCCGAUAAAUUCAUCCUUUUCGUCAGGCAGAGCAGUUACCGACGAAUGCAGCGUGUCAUGGCAUAUGUUCUACGGUUCAUUAGCCAUAUCCAGCAAGAUAGCCGUAGACAACAUCGUUAUGGGCAUCUGACCAUCCAAGAACUGGAAGACGCAACGAAGGCAUUGACCAGCAUCGUCCAGAGAGAGGCGUUCCCGAAAGACUUCCGGCGUCUCGAAUUUGGUCAGAUAAUACACAAACAAAGUAAACUAAUCUCCUAUGCUGUGUUCCUAGAUAAAUCGAGUUUUGCCGUCAUGCGUGUUGGCGGAAGGAGUCGCAAUGCUUCAUGGAUGCCGAAGGACCAAAGGCACCCUAUGAUAUUGCCUUCUGAUCAUCCAUUUACGCACGCCGUAGUUAGAUCAUAUCACCUCGAAUUACUACACGCUCCACAGCAACUGUUACUCAGCGCGCUGCAUCGAAAAUUCUGGUUGGUGCACGGACGCAGCACUAUACGCUGGGUCAUCCGAAGGUGUGUCGCUUGCUUUAGGGCAAAGCCGGCGACUAUGCAACAAAUGAUGGGAGAUUUACCAGCAUCACGCCUGGAGGGUGGCUACGCUUUCCGAAAUACCGGAGUGGAUUUUUGCGGUCCAAUCUACAUCCGUCAACAAAAUAAGAGGUCAACUGUCAUCUACAAGGCGUACGUGGCAGUCUUCGUUUGUUUUGCUACAGAGGCAAUUCAUUUGGAGCUCGUGUCUAAUUUAACGGUGGACGCGUUCAUAGCCGCCUUGCACCGUUUUACGUCACGCAGAGGUAAAUGUAAGAAGCUAUUUUCCGAUAACGGUCUGAAUUUCGUUGGCAGCAAGCUGGACACUUUCUGUUCAAAGGAAGCCAUCGAAUGGCAUUUGAUUCCGCCUAACGCCCCACAUUUUGGUGGAUUGUGGGAGGCUGGAGUGCGAUCUGCAAAAUAUCACCUCAAGCGCAUUACCGGGACUGCUAACCUGAACUACGAGGAAUAUACAACCGUUCUCACGCGCAUAGAAGCUGUUUUAAAUUCGAGGCCCAUUACACCGAUGUCAGUGGACCCUAACGAUAUCAAGCCUCUCACUCCUGGCCACUUCCUAGUUGGAGGCCCAUUGACCGACAUUGCUGAACCCAACGUCCUCGAUCACAAAGAAUCAACACUUUCCCGGUGGCAACGACAAACGCAGAUGGUACAACACUUUUGGCGUCGUUGGUCCAACGACUACAUUACGACAUUGCAGAACCGGAAUAAAUGGCACGAACGUUUCCCGGUGAAUCAGGAUCAAAUGGUGAUUGUUCGCGAAGACAAUCUUCCUACAAUGCAGUGGAAGCUUGGAAGAAUUAUUAACGUCAUUCCAGGCCCGGACGGUCUGGUACGAGUUGUCGAUGUCCGAGUAGGCAACAAGGUGUAUCGACGUCCGAUCACUAAGUUAUGUUUACUACCAAUCCAAGACAACUUUUCUUCAGCUAGCAACUAUUGA